CAGAAUGAAUAGUUAUUCUCAAGAGACACAUGAAGGGUUUGGUCUUUGCAAACCCACCGAAUCUGAGCUGGAUCAAAUUAGAAUAAGUCGGGAUGAAGCCGUAGAGACCGAGCGGAAGGGCCAUUUUGCCUUUUACAUACCUGCACGAAAGAAACUGGUGUACGAUUUUGUUCGACUUCACUUUGACACACAAACCGAUUCCGAGGAAAAGGCCUUAACGUUUUUUCCCUCACGUCCCCUGUCGUCGAUAAACGCCAAGGCUGAGCUAUUUGGUCAACUCAAGUUUCUUGUAAACAUUCUUUUCAGGCGUUCGCAGCUGAGGUCUCGGCUCCAACAUUUGAAAUCAAAGCAAAAUCAGCUUCACGAUAAUGAGCGCAGCCCUGGUCAUGCCGAACAGGACCUCGCCAAAGCAACGCCACCGCGGCAACUGAAUGCCAUUUUGCCUGUUUUCUAUCGAGAUCCUGGUUUGUACGCUAAUACGCUUUUACUUGAUGAAAAUAACGCUUCUUUAAAACCGACCUUGGAUUGUGGCAUAUUUGGGGAUAUUAACAACUUUUCAGCUGCGAAUACCGUGAUUAAAAAAAUACCGUUGAGGUCUCAUGACCUCAGUGCUUAUGCACCGAAAUACUUCCCUGAAUUGGUAGUAGACGUUUCCAAUAAAAGCCGUGAGGAAUUGGAACUAUGUAUCCCUCCUUCUGUCUCACCCAAAACGGAUCGGCAAGAACCACAUUUUUUCAACACUUACACACCACCAGUGAUGGAAGGGGAAUUCACUCCGAUGAUGAACCCAAUAUACUCUGACGGGCCUGUAAAGCCUUAUGGGCAACAUGGUUUCGCAUCAUCGUCGCUUCGAGCCUCCGAUCAUCGUUUUGCGGAUACUAAAGAUAAGACGCAUGAAACUUGUCGUGCGCCGAAUUUUAUCAAGGAAAGUUCACUCUUUAUUGAGGAGACCUUCGUAUCUAUUCCAGCUAAACUUACUCGUGCUUUAUCGGAAGAUAUACUUAGUAAUUCCGAUAAUGAACAAGUUGAAUACAAAAGCUCAGACAAAUUAACCUCUAAACCUGUCAAAUGGGCAUUCACACCGCGUUUGAAUGUAAUAAAAUCUGCUUGUGAAGAUAGCACCCUUUCUAAAUCUCACAAGGACGUCCGUACCGAUUUACUAAAUCAUGUGAUGUAUACUUUUUCGGCAAAGUAGUAGAUAAAAUUAUAAAAUAAAA